GCUGCUGGAUCCAGAUCCGUCUUCAGCAGCUCAGGAUCCUGGUUUUAAUAAAUUGGUUGAAUCAGAGGACGUCACUCCAGCCAUCAGUCUCUGCUCUCUCCAUUCAAAUGUAAAGGAUCAGAGCAACAACAACAACAACCACCCGCAGAAGUGUGGCCUGUCCUCAGACCACUUGUCUGAAAUGACCUCUAAAGAUGAAGAGGAUACAUCAGGGCCACCUGCAGGUUUGCUACAGACACACUUACACCCAACAAUGGAAAUCCAGAGUGUGUCUCCUGCAGAUGAGCAGUCGGCACCACAGCUGCCUCCUGACCAGCGUGAACUGAAUGAAGACUUGCCUUAUGGUGUUCAGAGGAUAUCAGGAGCUGGGUCACCUGGGCUUCAGACCCAGCUGAACAUCGACACGACAGAGAUGAUGGAUUUCAAGACCCCCAUAGUGCUGGACACUGGGUCUGGUUUGAUGAAAGCAGGAUUCGCAGAUCAAGACCAUCCAAACAUUAUAUUCCCAACAAUAAUUGGGACACCAAAAUACGAGGAAGUAAUGAACGGUAACACUGGGAGGGAAACCUACAUUGGACACGAGGCUCAACACAUGAGAGGGGUCCUGGCUCUGCAGCACCCCAUAAAGAACGGGAUCAUUCGGAACUGGGAUGAAAUGGAAAAGAUUUGGCAUCACACAUUCCAGCAGCUGUGUGUGGAUCCAGAGGAACACCCUGUUCUGCUGACUGAGGCGGCCAUGAAUCCCCUGGAGAACCGACAGCGCAUGGUGGAGAUCAUGUUUGAGUGUUUCAACGUUCCCUUCACCUACGUGGCCAUGCAGGCGGUGCUGGCCCUGUACGCAGCCGGCAGAUCCACUGGUGUGGUGUUUGACUCUGGAGAUGGAGUGAGCCACAGUGUGCCUGUGUUUGAGGGAUACUGUCUACCUCACGCAGUGCAGCGCUUCCCUCUGGCUGGUGGAGAUGUUACACUGCAGCUUAAAAAGCUCCUGCAGGAAAAGGGGGUGAGCAUGCGCACCACAGCAGAGAUGGAGAUAGUGAGGGAGAUGAAGGAGAAGUGCUGCUGUGUGGCUCUCAGCUAUGAGGCCGAGCUGACUGGGAGGGGGUCCUCCUGCACGGAGAUGCAUUACACCAUGCCAGACGGACAGAUGGUCACCCUCGGCUCGGAGCGCUUCAGGGCCCCUGAGAUUCUGUUUAAACCUGAGCUCAUUGGACAGGACCAGUACGGGAUGCAUGAGAGCAUCUUCAAGUCAAUCCUCAGCUCAGACAUCGACCUGCGCCGCUGCUUCCUGGGAAACAUUGUUCUGUCAGGUGGGAAUACCCUGCUGCCCGGCCUGCCUGAGCGGCUGCAGGCUGAAAUCAAAGGCCUUUUACCUGCUGACAUGUGGGAGAGUGUUCGUGUCACCAGCCCCAAAGACAGAGACUUCUCAGUGUGGAGUGGAGGAGCGGUGCUGGCCAACCUGCCCACCUUCAGCUCUGCAUGGAUCAGGCAGGACGAAUAUGCAGAGUUUGGCCCGCAAAUUGUCUUCAGGAAGUGUUUCUGAGGAGGACUACUGUAACGUCUGCAGGUCUGACUCCUGCGCAAUGGACCCCUUAAAUUUAAUUCACCAAGUGCAAUAUACACAUGCCAUGCCAUGGACUGGUUUGA